AUGGCUAAAAAGCGACGUCAUGUGUCAGCACUUCGAGCGCCGGUUAAAUCCCGCGAAGCUGCAGCUGAUUUGGAAAAAUCAUUACAUAAAGUACAAACGUAUUAUCAUCAAUUAAGUGCCGAUGUUAUGGAAAUUCCAGCAACUUUAGAUGACGCACUAUUACUUCACAGUCUCAUGGCGCUUGUGGUACAAAAUAUGUUAUUAGUUGUCCAGGGCGUCACAAUUGCACAAUUUGCGCUGCUCAUUGGAAUUGCUGUCUGGAUGAUGCGACAAAACCUUGUGAAGAUGCUUUUACCACGUGUUUCUCCUGUAAUUACCAGACUGACAAUCCAAAUCUUGGUGCUGACUGGAGCUGGAGCUGUCUAUUAUUACUAUGAGCUGUCAUUGAAGACGAUACAGGUCGUGAAGGUUGCAAUCAUAUGUUUGCUGGAUAUAGCAUUGAUAUGUUAUGAUAGAGUCACGAAGGGUCGGCUUUCUCGCGAAGUGAUUGUCUUGUCUGCCAUUGAACACACUUUAUUGGUUGCGGGCUUUUCAUAUUGUCCAGUUCAUACAAACGCAAUUGUCAUUGAUAUGACUGCAUUCACGCUCACAACAAUGACAGUAUUUGUGCAAGUGGUAGUUAUACUAUCGACAAAAUACGUUGUGCUUCAUUGCUUCGACUCGGACAUGAGUGGCACUUUUGUACGAACGCAACAGCGUGGAGAAAAAUUGCUCGAGAGUUUAUGGCAGGACAUCGACCGCUUUGAACCAGAACAGCUUCUUGCGGGCUUUGCUGAAGCGUCAAAUAAAAAGAAGGUCAAGAGCAAGGCACUCGCCAGCACCAAAGAGACAAAAAGCAAAAUAUGCAACAACACCAGCUCGGAAUUAACACAGCACACCCAGCAAUCGAUUCUCUACGAGCCGCGCGUGCAGCUUGCAAUUUUAGUGCUGAUCCAGAUGCUGCUUCUGAUGUUUCAACUUUUGCUUUCCGCCUUCGUCCUGGAUUCGUGGGAGAUGAUCAGCGCGCUUGUAAUAAGCAGCUCCCGCCUACUCUGGAUCCUUGGCCAAGUCCGACGAAAGAUGCUCUUUCGCCGCACAAUCAGACCCAUCGACUCCAAACUCAAGAUCGCGUAG